UUUACAGAGAUUUCAAGAUGGCGAUGCACUCUGCAAUUAAAGGAAAACUCAUUGCAGUUAUUGGCGAUGAGGACUCAUGUGUUGGAUUCCUGCUUGGUGGAAUUGGGGAAGUCAAUAAAGCUAGACAAACGAACUUCAUGGUAGUCACCAAAAAUACAACAGUUCACGAAAUAGAAGAACAGUUCAAAUCCUUUGUACACAGAGACGACAUCGCAAUUAUUUUAAUUAAUCAAAAUGUAGCAGAGAUGAUACGCUAUGUACUGGAUAAUUACAACCAGCCAAUCCCUGCUGUGCUGGAGAUACCCUCCAAGGACUGUCCCUACGAUUCCAGCAAAGAUUCGAUACUGCGUAGAGCCAAGGGUUCUAUGUUUACUGCUGAAGACUUACGCACCGAAGCAUGA